AUGCAAGCCUCCAUAUUCAUCGUGCUCCUGGUAGCAGCGGUAGCCACAGCAGCUCCGAGGGCCAAAAGACAAGCCUACGUUCUUCCUGACGGUGUGGAACUCCUCAUAGGUUCAGUCAAAACCAGCUUCCAGUGCCAGAAUAGCGGCUACUACGCUGACGUCGACAACAACUGCCAGGUCUUCCACAUAUGUAACUUGGUCGCACACGCUGACGGAAAGACUGAGCUCCAGCAGUUUAGCUUCGUGUGUGGGAACCAGACAGUCUUCAACCAACUGAGCUUCACUUGCGCCUUUCCCGAUGAAGCAGUUCCAUGCCAAAACGCAGCGGACUUCUUCUACUUGAAUGCCAAGCUCGGUGAUCCGACUGCGUUCUUCUUGACAGACGAUGACAUACAGAGGGCCGUGCCCCUGAUUACCGGAGCUACUGGACGCGUACCAGCCCCUGCACCUCAACCGGCAAGGCCAGGAAGACCUGGAGGAGGUCGCUUCGGACCAUUCGCUUAA